AACAGCGUCGGUGUGCCCUUUCUCCCCAUAAUUUUUUCGGUCUUCGUGUUCCCAUCGCAGCCGAACGGUUGCCAUCAAAAAACAUGGACACAAUUUGGCCACAGGAAAUCGCGUCGGGUCCGGUCUAAGAGACGUCGCGCGCGUCCUGACGCAAUCAAGAUCGGUUGAAUCGAAGAGAUUUAGCUCGGAAAAUCGAUGGGAAUCGUAAUGAUGUGCAUCACGUGACCCGGCUCGGCCAAUGGGGACGUUGCAUCCUAAUACACCACCCCGUCCCGUCCGCCAGUCGAUAGUUUUCGGGCAUUAAUGGACGUUUAUGCGAGUUUCUCUGUUUUUGGUACGGAAACUAAUUCAUCGCCGAUGCGCCGGAAUCGCUGUGGGCACUCGAAAAAUGACCGCGUAGUGCCGAGUUCGUGGGAAUAGGUGUUUUCGCCGUGCGCGCGUGUGCUACCGAAAUCGCGGCACAUACGCUGCCGCCGUCGUCGUGCGACCUAUAAGUACGCGGCGCGUUACCGCCACUGCAGCCGCCGCCGCCGCCGUAGUAGUUGUCGCGGUUGUUUAGUAGUCAUAAUAAUAAUAAUAAUAAUGGAUGCGCCGUCGGGUUCCCUGGACUUUGGGAAUACGUUGGUCGCAGCGCGCAACGCUACUACGUCUCGUAGUCACAGUUGCUGUUCACGUUAUUAGAGCCAAGCGUACCGUUUAUGUAUGUUUCAACCACAGUCGACAGUGGGUUCAAUAUGCAGCAGGUGCCAGUUUCAACUCAAAAUAGUGGUGUGCCGCCAGAUUCUGCAAAUUCCAAGCCUGAUGGUGGAGAUAUUCCGCCACCACGAAUUGAGCCAUAUAUUGAGCCGGUGAAUGGAAUUGUUCAACCACCAGUUGUACCUCCUCCAAAUCGACCAGGUCGACUCACAAACAAACUUCAUUUUCUUCAAAAAACAGUCAUGAAGGCUAUUUGGAAACAUCAUCAUGCAUGGCCAUUUCAUCAGCCAGUCGAUGCCAUCAACCUCAAUUUACCUGACUACCAUAAAGUAAUCAAAACGCCCAUGGACUUGGGUACUAUAAAAAAGCGUUUAGAAAAUAAUUACUAUUGGUGUGCUGAUGAAUGUAUACAAGAUUUUAGUGCAAUGUUUUCCAAUUGUUACGCUUACAAUAAACCUGGUGAAGAUGUAGUAGUCAUGGCCCAAACAUUAGAAAAAUUGUUUCUUGCUAAGAUGGGUCAAAUGGUAAAAGAAGAAACUGUAUUACCCCAACAUAAACCGGCUGUGAAAAACCAUUCAAUCAUUCAGAAGCCUCCUCCCAGUCAAAACCAGCCAAUAGCUGUGGCUCCAGGUUCAACUGCUAUGGGUACCACUCCUCAUUCCCAACAUAAUUCUCUACCACCUCAAAUUUUAGCUCCAACAACGGGUGAUUAUGUAGCACAACCAGCGAAUACACCAAUUGGAGCAUCUAAUUCACUAUUAGCUGGUGGUAAACUUAAAAAAGGAGUCAAAAGAAAAGCAGAUCCUAGUCCCAUAAAUUCUAUAGACACUGCCUCCUCAACUGUGUAUCCUGGCCCUAUGGCAACAUCUACCCCUGUACAGCCUUUACAAACAUCAAUUCGUAGAGAAUCUGGUCGACAAAUAAAAAAGCCUAGAGUUCCUGAUGAAGGAAUUCUCUACUCUCAAAAUACAGUUUUACCACCUGGAUCUGGCUCAAUAUCAGACGGAAAAACCAAAGAAAAAUUGACUGAGGCAUUGAAGGGUUGUACUGAAGUGCUUAAAGAAUUGUUUACCAAAAAACAUGCGGCUUAUGCAUGGCCGUUCUACAAGCCAGUUGAUGCUGCUUGGUUGGGCUUGCAUGAUUAUCAUGAUAUUAUUAAGAAGCCUAUGGAUUUGGGAACAGUUAAGACCAAAUUAGACAAUAGAGAAUAUAAAAACUCUAAAGAAUUUGCUGCUGAUGUCAAUUUAAUAUUUUCCAACUGUUAUAAGUAUAAUCCUAAAGAUCAUGAUGUAGUUGCUAUGGCAAAAAAACUUCAAGCUGUAUUUGAAGCUAGAAUGUCAAAAGUACCACCAGACCCACCUGCAGUAGAGUUAAAGAUGGAACCUGAAGAUGAAAGCAGUUCUGAAGGAAGUUCUGGUUCAUUUAGUGAUUCAGAUGAUUCUGAAGAUCUAGAAAAUUCUAGAAAAAUUCAAGAAUUCCAAGAAAAAUUGGAUGCUUUACAAGAUCAAAUGAAAAAGUUGAUCGAAGAAAGUGCUAGAAAGAAACGACAAAAGAAAAAUAAUAUGAAUAACUCCAAAAAGAAGAAACAUUCUUCUAAUGACAAAUUGACUACAUCUACAUCUAAACCUCCAUUAGCUGUUUCUAUUAAUAAUACACCAAUGAAUAUUAUGGCUAAUUCAACAAUAGCUAAUGAUAUUAAAAUGCAACCAAUGGAGCCAUCCAUGAAUGUUAAAACAGCAGCACAACAAGUGCGUCCACCUAUGUCAAAUGUUUCUGCUGGUCAAACUACCAAAGGAGCUAAAGGCAAAGGUGCCGGUACUAGAGGUCCAGCUAAAGCUACAGCACAACCUAAGCGUCCAAGGGUAAAUUCUAGAGCAAAUAAUCCGAAAAAGAAGAAUUCAGUUAGUGCUCCAGCUUUUGAUUCUGAAGAUGAAGAUAAUGCAAAACCAAUGUCUUAUGAUGAAAAACGUCAGUUGAGUUUAGAUAUAAAUAAAUUACCAGGAGAUAAACUUGGUCGAGUAGUACAUAUUAUCCAGUCUCGUGAACCAUCACUUAGGGAUUCUAAUCCAGAUGAAAUAGAAAUUGAUUUUGAAACCCUUAAACCAUCCACAUUGAGAGAACUUGAAUCUUAUGUGGCUUCAUGUUUGAGGAAAAAACCACGUAAGAUUAACAAUAAAAAGGUUUCUGGAAAAACUAAAGAAGAAGUUGUAGAAAAGAAACAUGAGAUAGAUAAACGAUUAGAUGUUGGUGGACAAUUAUCAACUAAAAAGGGCAAGAAAGAUGCUAAAGCUACAGAAAUUAGUGGUCCAUCACGGUUAUCUGCAUCUAGUUCUAGUAGUUCAGAUUCUGAUUCAAGUUCUUCCAGCUAUUCCACAUCUUCUAGUGAUUCAAGCGAUUCUGAACAUGGUGGGAACAAGCAAAAAAAGAAGAAACGUUUGUCCGACGACGUGUCGAUAAACAAAUCAACUGAAGGCCAAAAAUCGGCAAAUGCUCUGAAACAAACGGGUCCAACCUCAGCACCUGUCAAUUCUAUCAACAAACCUGUUGUUAGCGCUCAACCGAAUGUUCCACCAAAAAAACCACCAGUAGUAACAAAUCCAAUGGUUCUGAAUAACACCAAAACAAAUCCUCCUAUCACAUCUAAACCCACACCAGUUGUUUCUACUGUUCCAAGUCUUCCUACAACAAAUGGAAAUAUAUCCAAUGGAGAUUCAAAUAAUUCAUCAAUGGCACAAGAUAUUACUUCUAAUGGAGUUUUAUUACAGCCAACUAAGGUAGAAGUUAAAACUGAACCGGGACUUCCAGUGAGCAGUAGUACCUCACAACAUUCAGUGUCUUUAGGGAACAUGCAUAAUGAUAAUGCAGUACUCUCGACAAUGACAUCAGUGUUUGAUCCUCUUACACCUCCUAGUAGUCAGCCUACUAAUAAUAAUUCAUUACGUGUCCCUGACAAACAGGCAGCACAUACAGUUGUACCUACAUCUAACAUACAUAAUGUUCUUGUUAAUGAUGGACUUGCAGUUCAGCAUGUUGAUAUUGCCCCAGUCAUGAAUUCUGUUGCUGCUGUUCAUCAUUCAGCUGGGCCACCAUUAAUGGUCCAACCACCAAUAGAUAGCAAGCCUCGACCAUCUCCAAUCACACCCGUUAUUCAAAAUACAAAUCAGGUAUUUCCACAGUUCAAUUUAGAUUCCUCCCCUCAGGUUCCAGCAUCAUUUAUGGGACCAAUACGGCACCACCACCACCAUCUACACUCUUUUCCUGUCCCAUGGGAUCCUAAUAUUGGGCCUUCUUAUGAUGCAGCAGAUUUGUCAGAUCAAAGAGUUGUUAAUGCUGCUACAAGUGUUUGGAGUUCAUUAGCUCAACAAGCUGCUACAGAUGCAAAUAAUUCUGCAGCACCUGGAGCUUCAGUAAAACCAUCCACAGCUGAUUCUUUUCAACAAUUUAAAAAGCAAGCAAAGGAAAAUGCUAAAAAACAACGUGCUUUGAUUGAACAACAAGAAUUAAGGCGUCAUCAAAAAGAACAAGCAGAAAAAGAAAGAAUCCGUAUUGAAAAUGAAAAGAGAAGAGAAAAAGAAGAAGAAGAAGCCCUUGAAAAAGCUAGAAAAAUUGUUGCUGAGCAACAGUCAUCUCGUUUAGAUGAAGUUAAAGCAUCUAGUAAUACAGAUGACAGUUCAAGUCCCAGUCAAGACCGUGCUGCUGAGGGACGUGAAAGGCAAAGAUUACGAGAACAAGAAAGAAGGCGCAGAGAAGCGAUGGUGAACCAGAUUGAUAUGAAUCGCCAGAGUGAUCUGAUGGCAGCAUUCGAACAAACAUUGGCUCCAUAAUGAAUGUGAUGACCAAUUAUGCCAAAAAAAAAUAAAAUAAUCUUCAGAUUCUUCUGUCCGUUCAUCCUAUGUAUUUAGAGUAUGUAUAUUUGUGUAAAUAAAGCAAAAUGUGUGCCUUCCAUGUAAAUAAUUCAUUGUAAAAAUGAAUUUCAUUAUUGAAAUAAUGUCAAUUUUUAUUUUUUUUUUGUUAAGAAAUGUAGAUGAUUUUUUACUCUAAUCAAUUUUUGUUUUCUAGACUUUAACAAUUUGGUAAUUUUUUUUUCUCUAUGUUCAAACCAAUAUGUAGUAAAAAUUAUGGACUUUGCAAGUAUAUAGUCUAAAUUGACUUGACUUUUAUUAUUUGUUCGAAACGCUCAAAAAAUUUCUAUUUAGUGUUGAGAAUAAUAUUUAAGACUAUAAACUAGGGAUACAUUUUUGCAUAUUAU